AUGGCUGCCAAGCAGGAGGCAAAGCUACAGAGGAAACUGUAUCAAAGUACGCCGUUUUUUGUACCAAGUUCCUAAGGUGUGCUAUAGAGACCUUGAAAAAUGUGAAAGCCAAAGGAAAUGACCUUAUUGAGGUCACAGAUGCCUUGAAACUAGGUAAGAUGAAGCAUGUGAACAUCUUUAGUUGCUGUUUGGGAGUAAGGUCUUUUCUGAGUUCCUAAAAUAAGCUUAAUGCUUACUCUUAAAAUGUGGCCAGCUUCAAAACCUUACUAAUUGAAUGAAAUUCAACUUAUUUUUAGAACUACUUUGUCAAUGUGGUAUUUCCAGCUCAAAUGACUAUCCACUAAGACACCUAGAUAUUUUACAUGAUCCUUACACUCAAGGAAAGUAAGAAUGUGAUUAAUAUUAUCAAACAGUAGAAUAUUGUUCGAAUGGUCCAUCUUACGUUGGUGAGGACAAAAGAUAACAAAGUUUGAUUUUUUAGCAUUUAAUGUUAGCUUACUUGCAUUGAGCCAAUCCGAGACUCUGACCAGUUCGUUAUUGACCAUUUUUUCAAGAGAUUUAAAUUUUAAAUUUUAAAUUUUUGUCAGCAUACAACAAAUUUGUGUCAUCUGCAAAAAGGUAAAAUGAAAAUUUCGCUGAAGAAUAAAACUUUACAACCUACUUAUGGUCUGGGACUCCCACAUACAUACAACACAUUUCCCAGUGGAAGGAAAUAGCAUUUUCAACAUGGUGUAAGCAGGGCACAACAAAGUGCUAUCUGAUAAUCCAGAGCCAGUAAGGCUUAAAUAUGGGUCAAAUAUAAGUUGUCCGAUAAGCAAACCACAUUUGAGAGAGUGUGAGAUUAAUAGAGGGCUAUAAAGAUACAUUUAACUUGCAAAUUGUUCUGUUCAUAUUUCAGUGGGGACACUUCUCAACAACACUUUAUCACUCUGUUAUGGCAACUACCUGAAAUUUUUUCCUUCAGUAGAUCAGCUUGCUAAAACACUUUACCUUAUUGUUGCUCAGCUCAUUGCCAAGGCACAGUUUGAAAGGGCUCUGGAUCAUGCUAAUGACCUAUAUAAAUUCAUCCAGCUUCUUAAGGCAUGGAAGAGCUACGACAGUGAAAAGAUGGACAAGGAAAUUGGAUCACUUUGUUUACAUUCAACUGAUCUGUUACUUCAAGGAGCAGGGAAGCUUGAGGAAGCAAAAGUACCUCCAGGGGAAAGACCAUCUCACUUGUGUGUUGUGUUAGAAUGGAGAAAGCUCUCAUUACUUUUUCAAGCAGAAGCAAAUGUACAUUCUUCACUAAAAUCCUUGGUAGAUAGAACUCUGAAAUGUGGGACAAAAUUUCAAGUGGAUUGUGGGCCCAAGAAUGUUGAUUUUAAAACCUUAGCAAGCUUCUUUGAAACCAUUUUUAGUGCACUCAUGAACAAGCAAGAACAACUGAUUGCAAAUGGACAAGAAUUUACAGUUCUCUUGGCUGAACUUGGAUUUCAUUAUGGCAGAAUUUGUAAUAAGGCUGGAAACUCAACAGAAGCUUUGGUUGUGUUUGAUAACCUGUUGAAAAUUGCAGGAAAUGAAAACCAUUGCAAAAAUGGUCAUUUUAAACUACAAAUACCUCCACAAGUUUGUUGUUGUGUGUGUUUAGUCUGCAAGGCAGCUAUUUCGUUGAACUCUACUAUAAAAUCUCAAACUCAAGAAUCUCUUCAGCUGAUGUUAUUUGAAAGUAACCAGCUAAUCUCCCAGAUCCUGAACUGUAGCACAUUACCUUCACCAAUGUUAAAACUACUUUCAGACUCCCUGGAGUACUUCAGAAUUAAUUUGCAAAAUGAAAGUAACAAAAAGAGUAAGGAGAAAUCACCCACUCUUUCAUUGAAGACUCUUCAAGGAACAGUAAAAGUGCUGCAGUCUUACAUCUCAGUCUUAUCUUUGCAGUGUGGGCGGCUUAAGUCAGAGCUGCUUAAAUCCAAACAUGACAAUAUCGUGGCACAGCUAAAACAACAGGUUCUAAAGACCACAGAACGGCAAAUGACAGUAUUUAUUUUUGUUAUUUCUUCAUAUCAAGAUCAGUUGAAGAAUGAAAAAGAUGCAAAAACUACAAUCAGGGAUUCAAGGUCAGUAGUAUCACACAACGUUUAAAACAGUUAACUACAGUGUACACACUGUAGUUUAAGGAAAGGAUUACAUGUAUGUUGUUGUUUUAUUUCUCUUUGUUUUGGGGCAUGUUAAUAGAUGAAAAUGAGUGAAAAACAAAGGGAAACAGUGUGCAAAGAGAGUAGUAUCUGAUACCCUGGGGCUAGUGGAUUUUGCCAUUGGUCUAUUGAAUUCUGCUCUUAACUUGCCUGAUGGGCAAGUGAAGUAUUUUGAGGAAUUCAACUUACAGAAGUACUUUAAAAUCAAUUCUUGGGGGCUUAAGUUGAAAUGACGUUUGGGCUAGUAAAUGCUAGCUUCAGCUUGCCCGAAUGGCAAGCUGUAAAAAUGACUUUCCUUGCACCCUGGGCCCAGUUGUUCAAAGGCGGAUUAGCGCUUAACCCGGGGUUACAUUUAACCUGGGUUUCUUUUUCUUAUGUUCAAAAGCAUUUUAUCGGAUAAUUUUCUCUCUUAUUUUUAGAGCUUCCAAUCAUCAACUUGUGGACAAAAAGAAUUAAAACUAAAAUGCUUUUUUAAGCUUUUAAAUCUGAAUUCAAAUCUCGCACUAACCCUGGGUUAUCUUAACCCAGCUUUGAACAACUCGGCCCUGGGAAAUAAAAUGUAAACCAAGGAUAAAUUUGAACCAUAACAUAUACAUGUAACACUGGUCAAACUUUUAUUGUAUAUCCAGUAUCCUGAACUCUUGCCAAUCAACCUAACGAUUCUUGAAACAAAAUUACAAAAUAUCUUUUUUGUGUUGCACACAAAUGGGGAUAUACACAGUAGGCAAUAUCUCUGACAAGAUGGCAUUUUGGGGAAGAUGUACUGUAAGUAGUCUGGGUGUAGGAAGGUCCAAAGAGACUGAGAAAAAUUUAGUAAGAAUAUCUAUAAAGAAUACGGAAAUGAAUGAAUGAAUGUACAGCUGUUGGUAGACCCUUACAAAGAACUACAGAGUCAAACGUUACUGGUUAUCAAUCUUGGGACAGUUUACUGUACUGUUAUGUUAACACAUUCUUUUUUUACACCAUGCAGAUGUCAGAUCUUUAAGGACUGUAUUCCAGUAGUGGAACAAGCAAACUCUGUAAUUCAUUCUGCCCUUGAUGAUCCAGACAUCCUAUUGACUCCAAACGAGCUCUGCUGGCUAGGCUGCAAUGUGUACAAUUUGGGCUGUGUGUCAUAUCAGAGAGAUUGCUUUACUGAAGGAGUUCCUCUGUUAGCGAUUGCUUGUGAAGAGCUGAGAGUAUGGUGCUUUGCUGGCAAGACUGAUGAGGAAAUUUUUACAAGGACUGUGGAGGUAAUUUGGCCUUAACCCUUGUAGUUUUUCUUUCAUACUUUGUGGCAUGAAAUUUUUGUGGGAUUUUUGUGUUUUGCGGGAACAAAUUUUGCAAUUGAAGAGAUUGGUUUUUCUUGCUGGGAAUUGAUUUUUGUGAUUUCAGAAAGUCCCAGACCAGUCAUUGUUAAUAUUUUCCUUUUUAUUAAGUAUGCACAAUGGAAAUGCAUACAGUGAAGAACAUUUCAAACAAUUAAUGCUACAGUUUGUGUACCCCACACUGUAUGUAAAACCAGUGUAACAGAUUACUUUUCUUUGUCAUUCGAUUAUAGUAACAUCUGGGAUGACUGAUAGUUCUGAUGAUCGAUUGGAAGAAUUUAAGUUGGAAAAUAUUUACAGUGGAGAAAUUUUUUUGCAGGAAAUAUUUGUGCCGGAAAAAUCACAAAAAUUAUAACCCGCUAAAAUUUUGUGCCACAAGGUAAAUGAUGUACCAUUUUGAUAAGCCCAGUAGUGAUUAUUACCAAAUUUAUCCUUAUAAUACAGUUACUAGUGCUCAUCAAUCAUUGUUUUAAUAUUGGGUAUUAAAUACUUGUUAUUCUUUUUUUUUGCACUGUGCAUAAAACGCCACAUCAAUGGUUUUCUUUUUUUCUGAGAAAUGGAAGCAAACAUGCACUUGUGAUGUUAACCCACCAGAUGGGUCUUACAGUAGUCUGUCCUGUCGUGCCAUCAUUAAUAAUAUAAUGUACUGAUUUCUUUUAGGUGAAGCUCCUAACAAAAUUUGCACUGCUGAAUGACUGUCAGCGACGAGCCAAACAGAUGGCUGGUGCACUAACAACAAUUACCACUCAGGUUCUUAUAAUACUUCAAACUGGUUCUGAUUCAAAUGUCUUAAGGCAGCAGAUCAAACAAUGGACCACAGUGAAACAUGAACUGGUGAAAAGUAUGCAAGAUGAAAAGAAACAAGCUGAAAGAUCAAGGUUUGUCGUGAAUUUUCAUUAACAAAUUAAUUUUGAUUAAAACCACGCAUGCGCCAGUGGUUGAGAAUAUAUGAAGAUGUCAUAUUUUAUUACAACUGCAUGAAUCCUUCAGUGAGGAGCCCUUUUCUAAAAAUUAUGAGAUUCUGUUAGUCCAAAUAUGUUAUGUCAUGUCUUACCUGACUUUCCAUAUUUUUCUCCAUUUACUGUAGAACCCUGUGCAGUGUUUUAGCAGAACAGAAAGAUGCUGAAGAUAUUGACAGCAGUCAGCUUUGUUUAGUUCUUCAGGAAGAGCUUGCUUCUUACAAGGCAAAGAAGUAGGUUCUCAAAACGACAGACAUCACAAGGUUUCUGGACCUGUUGCAGAAACAGGGAAAGAGUUCCUCGUUUUAAUUGUCCAUUUAGCUCUUUCAUUACCAUGCAUACAACAGUGUAUGAAACAGAUCCUGGAAAGAAAUAUUACAGUCAAACCGGGAAAACUGUGAACACCAGAAAUAUUUCUGGAAUGCUAUUGUACUGCAAGAGAAAAGCCAGUCAGGCAUGAGAAAACUAAAGCACAAGCAAGAACGUUAGUUUGUGGUUUUGUGGCCAGUUCGCGUUUCCUGAUCUUUGCUGUGAUUGGUCGUAACACAAUAAACAUUUUGAGAUAUUUCAAGUGUUCAUAGUUUUCCCAGUCACACUGUAAGGACAUGUGAAAGUACAGUGUACAUGUGCAUGUAUUCCUGACAUGACUACAUGUAUAAUCAUGAGCCCCAGCUACUCUCAUAGGAAACAAAAGGAAAAUACAUGUAGAACCAAAAGAACUUCCUAGCUGUACAAUACCCCUCCUACUAAUUACAUAUACCUGACAACUUGAAAUUUUAGCAACAGCCUUAUGCUGAUGAUGAGGUUUCAUAAAAAAGAUCUCUUUUAUUUCAUAUACUGUACUCAGUCUCCCAAAAAAGUUUUGUCCUUUAUACAUUUGUCUUCAAUUGUCAUUUGAGGGGUUGAUUUGAACCCAGAGUCACUUCAUAAGUAGGUAAAAUAUGAUUGUUGGGGUGAGCGUUGUCCUGAAUAUUGCUGAUGAUGAGGUUUCAUAAAAAAGAUCUCUUUUAUUUCAUAUACUGUACUCAGUAUCCCAAAAAAGUUUUGUCCUUUAUACAUUUGUCUUCAGUUGUCAUUUGAGGGGUUGAUUUGAACCCAGAGUCACUUCAUAAGUAGGUAAGAUAUGAUUGUUGGGGUGAGCGUUGUCCUGAAUAUACAUUGUAAUAGGACUGUUGUUGACUGGAACAGAGAUGAUCCUGGGUUAUCCUUUAUCCCAAUUCUCUUUUGAACAACUCUGGGCCCAGUAUUGUAAUUUAAUGGUCUACAUGUAUAUUUUCUCUUAUUUCUAGUUACGACACCACAAGGGAGCAAUUUUCUGUCAUCAGACAGCUUAUGGAGUUGUACAUUAUCCAAGAUGAUGAGUUUCAUUAUGGUUCAGUGAUGCUUGAGCUUGGUGUGGCAUUGCACAGCCUUGGAGACAAAGAUCUUGAGGAGGAGAAGUGAGUCUAAAGCUUAUGUGUGUUCUGGUUUAGUAUGUGGCAUUUUGUCUUACAUUUAGGUAAAUGACUAUGGAAUAGCAAAAAUACAUGAACAUCAAACAUUCUCUUGUUUGAUCACAAAGUGUAACUUGUGGUAAAGGUAAAGGCACAUUUAACCAGCUGUUUUGUUACAAUGUCAUUCAGGGAACCUUAUAUGGCCCAUUAUGAAGCCAGUCACUUAAGUAUUAUUGUAAGACUUUUUAUAAGCAAAGACAUUUUUUGAAAAAAGAUUUUGCUUUGCUUGAACUUUACACAGUAUACAGACUGAACACAAGUGAUGCAUUUUGGUAUCCAUUCCCUGUGGAUUCCAUGCUCUUGUGAUAAUUGAUGGUGAAGUGUCAUCAUGGUUGUUGAAGUGUAGAAGGAUGUUCAUGGUUCAUAUCUCUAAUUGGGCAAUAUCCCAAUCCCCAGCCAGCCCUCAACAAUAGCCCUAAACAUUGUGAUAUUCUUUGCACUAGGUCUGCACUUGAGUGCUGUCAAGAAGCAGCUGCAAUUCUGGAGCGGCUGGCGGACACAGAUGAGGACAAAAAUCACCUGUCACUUGUGCAGGACAGACUUGCUGCAGCAUAUUUAUGGCAGGCAUUGUUAGAGCACAAAGCAACAAUGGAAGACAAUCCACAAGUGGAAUCACCCAAGGAACUCAGUGAAAGUUAUGACACAGGGGAGGUACUUGUACCUUUUUUUUUUUCUUCAGAGGAUGUGUAAAUCAGGCCCCAGUUGUUCAAAAGGUGGAUAAUGCUAUCCACUGGAUAUAUCACUAUCCUGUGGAUAGCCCACAAUUGUUUGUUAUUUGAUCCACUGACUGGAUAGUGAUUUAUCCGGUGAAUAGCCCUAUCCAAUGUUUGAACAACCAGGGCCAGAAAUAUAUGGGAAUGGGCUGGGGGUGGUCAGAUGUGAUACAGUGUACCCCUUGCUCCCUUUGAUUACCUGCGUAUUUCCUUUUGUAGUUAUUUUAGCCCCCCUUCCUAAGUCCCCUUCCACUGGCAUCCAAUUGCAAACUUACAUAAUGAACUUAUUCCUAUAUGACUGCUCUUUUUAGGUCGAAGGCGUAUGUCUGGAGCAGCCAUUUAUGUCAUCCCUUCAUUCAGCAUUGGAAACGUGGACAGUGUUAGCAAAUAGAUCAGUGCAAGAAGGGACCGGCCAAAAGGUAGAGUUUGGGCAUUAUUAUUGUGCAGUUUAGUUUUUUAUGAUACAUGUCUACUGGGUCAGAGGCAAGAAAAGAGAGCACUUCUUUUUUUCUCAUCCCCUGAAAACUUACUCACAGGUUAAAACAUGAAAAGUUUGGAAACUUGAUCAGUCUGGAUAAAUACUAUAGAUUUAUUUAUGCAAUAUCUGUUGUUCUUUUUGCAGAUUGACUUGCAACACUUUGUUAACCCUGAGGAAACUUGCCAUUACCUUCUGAUUAUUGCUGGAAUGUUUGGACUUGUCAACCAGGUAAACUGAAAGGAAAUAGAAGGCUGUUUCUGGGGACUGUCUCAUGGAACAGUAACUGAUGCAAGUUGUGUUAGGUUCUUUCUGCUGAUGAGUUCUAAAAGAACAACAAUAACUGUGGUAUGUUAAAAAAGCAGUGCUCAUUACAAAAAUCAAAACAUGUUUUCAAUGAAAAGACUAUAUAAAUAGAAGUUAAUCUCAAGAUUACAUAACUUUUUAAAAUUAGUCGCUGAGGGUGAAAGGAAUCAUAUCAACAUCUAAAAAUCAUGCGUUAUCUACUUCAGUGACUUGCAGCGUCCCUUGGGAAACUAGUUUAUAUCUUAAUGUGUCCAUCAAUCCAACCUCAGGAGUUUGAAAUAAUCUGGAAACAAAAUAUGCAAAUGUGCUUCAAAUAAAUAAGCCCUCUGGGGGCUAAGUAGGAGAAGGGAUUUACAGUAAACUGUUUUCCUUGCAACCAAUCAUUGAGUAAUUUUUAACUUUUUACAGCCAUUCAAGAAGGUGUGUGCUCUUCAUCUUGCUGCUACUAUUACCCAAACAAUCAGCACCAACAGUAUGCUGGAUAAUAGAAUAUCUGCCUGUAGUGAAGCUGUUCAUACUCUGUGUUAUGUACUGGACAUUUCUCAUGCUAGUCUUCUGCUGCAUCAGACCAGUGAUGUGUUGGAAACCUUUAAACCAAGUGGUUCAGUUAUGGUCCAGUUUCUGUUGGCAAAGAGUCACUAUCUGUUAGUGGCAGGAAAGGUGAGUUUGUUCCAGAAUCAUUUCUUUUGCCUUAUUCCUCUAAACGCAGGAGAUAAUGAAAAUUAUAAGCCAAGAGCUACUUACUUAUAGUCCAAUUUAAUCUGUUAUAAAAUUUAUUAUUUCACAUAUACAUUGUACAUUUACAACUUGCAAUGUAUGAGUGUUUGCUAUAAUUAUAAUCUAUGCUUGUCAGUGCUUGUGUAUAGUUUACAAAAGCAUAAUUGUGUAAAACUUUUUUAAAUAAUACUUACAGUCUCUAUCGAUUUGUCAUUCCUAUGUUUUUGCAUUUCCAUUCCUUUUUAAUCUGAGAGAAUAAUAUUGAUGCACAAAAUGUUGCCAUGCACAUGGAUGUUGUUAUCCAAGGUAUCAACAGAGGUUUUGCCGCUGAUAAAUUGACUCCAAAUGUGCAAUUUCUGAUUUUGUUAUUUAAAGACCUGAACCCAUGAUUGAACUCAUGGGAUUUUAACACCAGUUGUAAAUUGGUGCUUUAACAGUAUCAUACCAUAAAAGCUUACAAGCAACUUAAAAUGUCCUUAUAUUAUGUUAUUUACUUACAAGUACUGGAUUAGUACUGGUACCUCAUUAAAGUUGUAACAUCAUUAUGAUAUAGUCCAGGGCUGAUUUGCAUGUGUGUGAAUUUUGGAUGGUUAUUGGCUGAGUGGGCCUGGGCAAGUAGGGUUUUCUGUCAGCUUUCACCCUUGGAUUAAGUUAAUGGUUGUGGCCCAUGGGUCCUUAACUGUAGCCUUUUAGAAAUAACAUGUUUCUAGAUACUCCAUCUGCGAGUUUUGCGUUUACGUUUUUUUAUCAAAAUACUGGCAGAAUAUUUUGGUUAUCCAAGGUUGUGCUUUAGCAGGAAAUAGUUCUUUAAUAGGAAUCCUAUCCUGGCAGUGAUUUUGUUACCUCUGGUCUGUGUCUUGCGUCCCUGGCUCAUAAAAAUCCCCAAAGAUGCAAAAUAAUUCAUUGCAUGUGUCCUGUAGGACACAAAGAUUGAUUAAUCGAUCUGAAGAUGUGAAUAUCUGGCCCAUUCGUGUAAUUUGUUUUGGCAGUUAUUAUGGCUGUUGUUUAACGAUGCUUUUUUCUUUUAGCCUUUGUUGUGCUUUAAAAUAGAAGGACAAUAUCAUUCAAAUUUCAGUAAACUUUAAUACAGAACGUUUCAGUCUGUCUUUAGAUUAACUGCCUGGUUACAUAAAGGCCCAAGCAUUUUCAAUUCAGGACUUGUUGGUUCUGGACUGGGACUCAUGAUUUUUCUCAAGAUGAGUCCCAGGACUCACCAUAAAUAUUUGUAACAAAAUCCCUGUGCUACACAUAGGUGCUCUGGAUUUUACAUGUUCAGAUCACUUGGUUUCUGUCAAUUUUUUCUCAGAGCACAGCCCUGGCUACCAGUCCCUGCCUCUAAGAGAGUAACCCUCACAUUUAUCAGUAUCUGAGUGACUGUUUGUUUUCCUCUAAACUAAACAUAAUUAUCUGUUCCUGUGUCUAGUACUCAGAGGGAGAGCAGUGUUUAAUGGAAGUUUUAGUGAGUGAUGCUUUGACUCAGAAGAGCUACAAGUCCCACUUACUGAAGGCCAGAUUAAUGUCUUUGUGUGCGAAAUACUCCAUGGUCCCAGCUAAACUCCACAAAUUCAGCAUUACUUUGGGUGAGUUGAAAACUCAAUUUAAUAAUUUACCAGUAAUAUGUUGUUUUAGUAUUCUAGUAAUAUGUAUAUUCUAGUUAGACCAACAUCACAGUGGGGAUUAUGUACCAACAGUUUAUUUCCCUGGGAAAAUCAAAUCUGAAGUUUUGCAUCUUAUGAAUCCUGGGCCAAAAGUAUAGUCAUGGGUAAAAUUAAAUUGCGAUUUUUUAGGUUUUAUGAUCUCUGCAUUUCUUUGCUUGUGGAUCUAUAGAAAGACCAGGAUUUCUUGUAAAAAUAUGAGGCCAACCAUCUCACCCCUUCAGAUUCUGCAAGUACCGCUGGAAUACUUGAGAAUCCAUUCUUUUGAAGAAAUUUAUUUGGCUAGGAAAAGUCAAAACACAUUGAUAGUUCUCAAAACAUAUAAAAUAUAUUUGCUUUAAUUUACGUUUCGGCAGUUGAAAGUUUUUGAUCUUGGCAUCUUUGAUGUCUAGCAUUGGAAAAGGUGGCUGUCCGACAUCAAAACCAUCAACUAUCAAAGGAAAUCUUUUUGAGAUUUUUUCAUUUCCCAACAUUCUCUUAAGAAAUCCAGAAAUCUGAGAGCAAUUAUCUAAUUUUGGACCCUUGCAUGGAAAUGUACCAAGCUUGUCAUUGUGUGGUUACAUGUAGCAGAGGAUUGAAUAAUGGCCUGAACACUGAAUCUAGUAAGGUGUCCAUUAAGGGAAUAUUGACUCUAUCAUUGAAUGAUCUUGCUCUUUUGUGAAGAUCCUGUUGUUGGUUCACUAACUGCUAAAUGGAAUGUGCUCUUGAUGGAUUUCACAAGCUAA